GGCGGCGGUGGCGGCGGCGGCGGUGGUCGUGGAGUUGAAGCGGGCGCUGCGGACUCUUCGGUGCGCUUGUCGAGUGACCUCUGGAUGGCUUUUCAAUUUUAGUUGAAAUUUCCUCCAUGGCCUUGGGGAGUGCCUUGGUGUGUCUCCGGCGUCUACAUUUCAUCAAUGUUGGAGCCUCGAGAAACAGGAGGAACUGAUUUGGGGUGAAAAGGCCUUCCCCCCUAGGUAUAACGAAACUGUAAGCUCUUAAGAAAACAGACGGAAGGAAAAGCCAAGAUGGGGGAAAAGAAGCCCGAGCCUUUGGACUUCGUGAAGGAUUUUCAGGAGUACCUGACGCAGCAGACACACCAUGUGAACAUGAUCUCAGGCUCAGUCAGUGGCGACAAGGAUGCUGAGGCCCUGCAGGGAGCUGGUACAGAUGGGGAUCAGAAUGGGCUCGACCACCCCUCUGUCGAGGUGUCUCUGGACGAAAAUUCAGGGAUGUUGGUUGAUGGGUUUGAAAGGACUUUCGACGGGAAGCUCAAGUGUCGGUACUGCAACUACGCCAGCAAAGGGACGGCCCGGCUCAUCGAGCACAUCCGGAUCCACACAGGUGAGAAGCCGCACCGGUGUCACCUGUGUCCCUUUGCCUCCGCCUACGAGCGGCACCUGGAAGCCCACAUGCGUUCACACACAGGCGAGAAGCCCUACAAGUGUGAGCUGUGCUCCUUCCGCUGCAGUGACCGCAGCAACCUCUCCCACCACCGGCGCCGCAAGCACAAGAUGGUCCCCAUCAAAGGUGCGCGGGCAUCUCUGAGCAGCAAGAAAAUGUGGGGUGUCCUGCAGAAGAAGACGGGUAACCUAGGCUACAGCCGGCGGGCGCUCAUCAACCUGAGCCCCCCGUCCAUGGUGGUACAGAAGCCUGACUACCUGAGCGACUUCACCCACGAGCUCCCCAGCAUUCAGGCCGACUCCUACGACGGGCUGGCCAAAUCUGCGGCACCUGGUGGGUUGCCCCGAGACCCCCAAGAGCUCCUGGUGGACAACCCACUGAACCAGCUUUCCACGCUCGCGGGACAGCUAUCCAGCCUGCCCCCUGAGAACCCCAAUCCCACUUCCCCAGAUGUGGUCCCCUGCCCGGAUGAGAAGCCAUUCCUGCUGCAGCAACCCCCACCACCCCCGCCACCACCGUCAUCUGCCCAGGCCAUGGUAGCUGCCGUGACGGCCGGUGUCACCCAGACCGCCUCCCCUACCAGCCCCGACCCGCGGCCAGCGCUGGGCCCCAGGAACUAUAGCCCCGUGGCGGGCCCCAGCAGUGAGCCCAGCGCGCACACAAGCACGCCAAGCCUGGGCAACAGCCAGCCCAGCACCCCUGCGCCCCCACUGCCCCUGCAGGACCCACAGCUGCUCCACCACUGCCAGCACUGUGACAUGUACUUUGCCGACAAUAUCCUCUACACCAUCCACAUGGGCUGCCAUGGCUACGAGAACCCCUUCCAGUGUAACAUCUGUGGGUGCAAGUGUAAGAACAAGUACGAUUUCGCCUGUCACUUUGCAAGAGGGCAGCACAACCAGCACUGAUGGGACACAGUUACCUUUGGCUUCAUUUGGUUUUGCUUUUUGGCGGAUCUUUUGUUGUUAUUGGUUUUUUUCCCUUUUUGGGGGGGCGGGGGAUGGGAAUAUGGGGUGGUUAACCCUAAUAUGGUGUCUGGUAAUUUAAUUUAUAGAAGACAGAUUUGACCUUGGAAGCAAAACAUUUCCUGUUUUUUUUUUUUUUCUUUUUUUCCCUUUGUUUUCUUCCAUUUUCAGUCACCAGAUGAAAAAUCUGGUCAGGGUCAUUUAAAGAUCUCGAUCGCUGGACAGAUUGGUGUCCACUUUUUCAUGGGGAUGCUGAGAUUUGGAAGAUCAUCAUCACCACCUCAUCAGGUGGUCACUGACCUCCCCAUCAUCACGGUCCCUAGACUCCAGACUUGACUGUGAUGUGUGUGUUGGCAGGUAAAUGUUAUUAUUUCAGAAUAAUAGAAUAAAUUAUUUUCUCUUACAAAAUCUGUUAUAGCUCAUUUCGGUCUAGAAGAAGAAAUUGCCGUUAAAAUUGCGCUUCGUUAAAUUAGCUAUUUAGCUCACGUAGCUCAAGUUGAAUCAGUAACUAUUUCAGUUGGUAAUAGCAAAGCUAUUCACUAUAUAAGCACUUUUUUAAAAAGUAAAAAAUAGUUAUAAAAAUAAGAUGAAAGUUCUAAAAAGAAAUGAAAACUUGAAGUUGGCUGUGAUGGGAUUUAAGAUUUAAAAUCACCUGUUGAAUUUCUCCUUUCAACAUGGCACUCUUCUCUUGGAUUCUUUUCACUCUCCUUUGAAUCUUUUUGAAAAAGCCACAGGCACUACCAGAAUCUGAAUGGUAGAAAAGUCAUCGGGCUAAUCAGGAAGUGGCCUUUUUCCCCUUGACUCUGUGGUAUUUCCAGCCCUCCAGUCUGUCAUAUGUCCGUCGGGGCCACUCACCCCACUUGUUUCUCUGUUGACCAAAGAGCUAGAGCGGCCUCGUCCACCUCACUUCGGAGACCGUCUCCGCUCUCCUUUCAUGCCUUCUCUCUUGUGACUGACCCCAAUUCUGAGGUAAGGUGGGUGUAGAGACGUGUGGGACUAUUAAAUAAUGUGAGGAAACGAGGGUGUGUGUUGAUGGUGGAUUCUGGCCACCUCUUGAGGAUGGGCCCGGGUAUUUUCUGUGAAUUGGAGUUGUAAUGCUUCAUGGCAGUUUUUAUAAAUCUUUUUCAUGUGCAGUGACACAAAGCUAUACCGAGACUGUGAUAGAAUUUGUCGCCUUAGUAGAAAAGGACAAAAAAGGUGUGUUGGUUGCUAUUAAAAACACAUUGAAACGUGAUAUUUAAUUUGUUUACCAAAAUAAGACUUGCUGAAGAAAUCGGGAGUCCUUACUUUUGAAUAGGAGGCUAUUGUUUUUAUACUGUGUAAUAACUAGCUUUCCCUGAAGAAGACAGCCUGGUCAAACAAUAAAAUAUAUUGUUACUAA